AAAACAUGCUGGCGUUGUUGACAGUGUGGUCACGUGGCGCUGUCUAGGCAACGGGCUGUUGAUAACGCUCGGAUAACUAGCCGUGAAGAUAGUCGUACCGACUGUCUGGUGGAUGAUAACAAACUAUGCUGUUUUGACUCCGUGAAGAUUCGAUACAGCGGCCACACGCUUCUCGGACACUGGAACCAUGGAAGAACUACUGAAACUAGUAAACCCAAACUACGUCCGAAAUUUUCAAGAAUUUUGCGGACUACAACCCCGCGAACAGUGUGGCGCUGAAUCCGGGGUCCAUCCGUCUGAGAGAUCAGAGGUCAGUGAGUUUGCACCCCACACCCCAAACACAAACGGGUUUCGGAAAACGGAAUAUAACAAUUAUGUUAAAAGCCGGAUUGAUAAUGACGGACCAGCGUGUGUUUACACGGAUAAGGGUCGGUCGUCACGCCCCAGCCUCGUCGAACAGACGCCGUAUGUAAUAAAGUAUAAAUCUAUAUAUUACGUUGCCAAAGUUGGAUCGUUUUUUGGCGACGAAUUGUUCUAUGUGAUAUUCUUUUCAUUUUGGAUAUGGAACGUUGACAGUCUCGUUGGCAGACAGACGGUGUUUGUGUGGUCACUGGUGAUGUAUUUCGGACAAGGAACUAAGGACUAUCUGCGAUGGCCCCGCCCCCCUUCACCCCCAGUCUUCAGGCUGGAAACUGCCCAUUUGCAGGAAUAUUCCAUGCCGUCUACUCACGCAAUGGCCGGAACUGCCAUUCCUGUUGUGUUGUUCUACGGGAUUUGUACUCGAUAUGAGUUUCCUGCCGCAGCCGGUGUUGUCCUGGUGUCCACGUGGUGUGUCACCGUUUGCCUCAGCCGUCUCUACCUCGGGGUCCACUCUGUGCUGGAUGUGUUAGUCGGAUUCGUGUAUUCUAUGGCAAUCAUCAUCAUUGCAACACCUUAUUUCAAGGAAUUCGACACAUUCCAACAAACUCACCCAAGCGCCCCUGUCGUCCUCUUCAUCACCGGUCUCGCCCUUUGUACAGUGUGUUACCCCAGUAAAGAUCAACACUCCGCCAAGGGCGACGCUGUCGGAACCGUUGCCGUCACUGUCGGUCUCUCCUUCGGCUUGUGGCUCAACCACCAUCUUGGAUUGACCUCUCCACCGGAAGUGACAUAUCCAUACGCCAUUGCAAGCCCCACAGUGAAAUGGCUGGCUUUGUCCAUCAUACGUAUGUUUUCUGGUGCCUUUGUGCUAGCGUUGGUCAGAGAAGUGGUCACAACUGUGUCCAUCAAAGCGUUAUCGUAUUUGUUUAGGUUGGAAAAGCCAGACAAGAGACAUCCAACGGUCCAAACAGCCUAUAAGUUCAUCAGCUAUUUCGCGAUCGGAGUAUGUACCAUGUGGGCUGUGCCAUAUGUACAUACCAUCAUGGGAAUAUGUCGAUCACAGUUUUACUAUGAGGUCUCAUAACACAAUGCACAUAAAGGACAAAACAAUCAUCUUGGCCACUGUUUCAUCGAAAAUGUCCAGUCAGGAUUCGUUUUAAAGGCUAUUUCAAAUCAAAUUUGGUUUUUAUGUUUCAGUGGCUUUUAUUCUGAAUCAAUUGAUAUUUAAUUCUGUGAACAAGCAAACUAUCUCAUGAUUCGGUACUUCUAAGCAUAUUAAUUGCUCUGCUGUAAAACAAAGCGGUAAUUUGGUUACUAAUAAUUGUUGCUCUAUUUUGGUUAUCGGAUUCGCUCGUAACUUUCUGUGUACACGAUUGGAAAGUGCACGGAAAGAGACGAAUAGUGGAUACUUUAUAAUUAGUGGAUAUAAGACUACGCGAUCGCUAAACUUGCCACGUGAUACGAGUUGAAUGGAAUAGGAAGGAAGUAUUCCUUAAUUUGUUAAUAUAUAUAAAUUGCAAUCUGAUAAUUACUUUUUGUACACUUACAAAAAUCUUUUAUCAUUUCUUGUUUUAUAUAUAAAUAUAUAUAUAUAUAUAUAUGUGUGUAAAAUUAUAUAUAU